UUAAAUAUAGAUAAAAUCCUUAAAAUGUGAAUGAAUUUAAUGGUGAUGAUCAAGCUGUAAAUUGAUCGGAUUAGUUGAUUGACAAUUAAUUUAAAUUAAAACAAAGCAAAUUCAAUAUUGAUAUAUAUUUAAAAAGAAGAAGACGACGACGAGGAAGAAGAAGAAAUCUAUGUAAUUAUAUGAAAAUGCCAUCGAAAUUAAUCUAUGAAAUCGUUGAAAAUGAUAACAAUAUAGAAGCUCAAUUAAAUUGUUCUGAUGAAAUUACUGAAGUAUUGAACUCAUCAGAUUGUAUACAAAAAGAUAUAUUAACUAAAACCUUACAUAAUAAUGGAAAUAAUAAAAACCAAAUAAAGCAUAAAACAAAUCAAUCAUUAAAGAAUGAGGAAGGAAUUAGAAGCUUUUUUAUAUCUAAUCAAUUAUGGAUUGUUACUUUGUUAAUUCUAAUUAUCGUAAUUGUUAUUGCAUUAUUAUCUGUUUGGUUUGGAAUUGUAAAUUGUAAGUCCAAAUUAUCUGGUGUAGAUAUUGUUAAAGUACCAGGUGGUAGUCAAGGCAAGUAA